AUGUCUUGGCGAGGGAUUAAAUUAAAUGAAUUAAAUGUACAUGAUGAAAGUGGUUAUAUAUUACCUGAAAAUUUAUAUAAAGAAUUGGAAAGCUUUGAGGAUUCAAGACGCAAUUGGAAAUAUCUUUUGAAAUCUAGAUUUAGAGAAUUUUUAAUGGUUGACAUAAGCGAUUACAAGCAUAUACAAUGUAUUGAAAUAUACAAUAUUAAUACUUCACAAUUAGUAAAUGUUUUUUACAGACAUUGUAGAGAAAAGGAUUUUAUAAUUUCAAGAAACAAUGAACCCGGAAUUUUUGCAAUAUCAACUGAUUCAAGAUUAUUUGCUUAUUCUUAUGGAGACAACAUUAUUACAACUUAUUUAAUGGAACGUGAACUUGAGGUUGUUUCAAAAAAAUUUGACAACAUUUAUAAAAUUAAAUUUUUAGAAUUUAUCGAAAAAGAUAAAAAAUUAUUCAUUAUUGAAGAAGAUAAAGAACAUGAUGAGAAAUUUCAUACUUGGAUUAUAUCAGGAUGUUUAAAUGAUUAUCUUUCUAUUUCUAAAGAUGAUAUUGGUUUAUCAGAUGAGCAUUAUAAUACUUUGACAAAGGCAAAUGAAAAAGUAAUUUUUUAUAAUAAAGUUGAUGAGAAACAGUUUAGGAUUGUAUCUAUAAAAGGGACAACUUUUGGAGAAAGUGACCCCGUGACUGAUGAGCAUGAAUAUCAAUCAUGUGAUCUAGAACCAUGGAAUAUUAAUGCAAAGACUAUUCACGGUAGAUUUCUUAAUAAUGACAGAAGGUUUCUUCUAUUAAUCGGUCAAAAUAGUAUUAAAUUAUGGAAAUCUAAAUCCAUAAAUUUUAUGAAUUUUGAUAAUUUUAAAAAUUUCAAAAAUUCGAAUCUUGUCUAUAUUUUAAUAAGUGAUAAAAUCAAACCAGAAAUUAAAACUAAAUUCCUAAUUGAAGAUGAUAUGACUACUGUAAUAAUUCAUGCAUGCAAAUCACUUGUUUAUCUCUAUAAUCGUAAGCAUAUUCAAUAUCCUUUAAUGUCAUAUCUAAUUUAUUCCCGUUCAUUUUCUUUAAUUAAAUAUGUUCUGUUUGAAAAUACUGAAAAGUUACACAGACCACAAAGUAAAUAUGAUUCUUAUCCUUAUUACAGUUACUUGAAAUUAUAUGAGUAUUUUAAAUUGAAUGAUGAAGAUUUGAAAUCAGUUAAUGAUUUAGAAUUAGCUUUAGAAUUCUGUGAAGAUCAAGAUACUGUUAUAUUAGCAUAUUUAUUAGAAUAUUAUAUUGAAAAUUCUAUGACUCAUAUUGGUUGGAUGAUUAAUGUUACAAAAAUUCUUCCGAAAUUACCCGGUCCCUAUGAAAAAAAAUCAUCCAAUUUUUGUACAAUAUUUGUUCAAGUCCGUGUGGAAAUUGUUCAAUUAUUGCAGAUUUUUGGAUAA